CAGUAACUGGAAAAAAAGUUGCACAAGAGGAGUAGAAUGUAUUUAUUAAAAAUAACUGUCGUUCACUUUCCCUUCCAAACUAGAGGGGUUUACAAAAUACACAAAAGCUUACCAAAGGUCACAACAUAUUAAUAUAUCCAGAUAAUAUGAAUGACAUUCAAAACAUAUUUGGUGUCAUUUCAGGGGAAGAUUCUUCACAAUUCUUGCUGAAUAACUAGGGCCACAAGCAAUUUUAUUAGUGCUGGCUGUUUUCAUGGGGGAUUUGUGAGGCAAAGGAUCUUAGGAAGGUCAUUCUAAAACCUGAUCGUCAAGUGCAAAUUCUGGGUUGUUUAGCCAAGGCACUUCUUAAAAUUUCCUCCCUAUCCAGCACCCUCUCUGCAGCUCCCCUCACAAAGAUUAGAGCAGCUUCCCAAUGAAAUAACUGUAGGAAGACCAAAAGUGGCAGCCCUCUAGGCAGCAGACAGAGAGCUGUGAUGUCAAAGCUGUGGUAACCUUAGUAAGUGUGACAUUUACUGGGCAGAAUGUGAAUUCCUAUUCUGUUGCAACACAAAGGCAGAGAGGCACAUCUUUUUUCUUUUGCCCAUACGUUUGGAGCCAAAGGCAAAACCAAAGAGAAUACAUUGUCAGCUAUGAUCAAGCAGAAUUUGAAAUCCUACAGCUGGGCAGUGCCCCGUCUUCUGAUUUCUAUCUGUUUGGGUAAGUAACUGAGCUAAUGAACUACAGUACCUUCAUUUUUAGGAGAUUGGAGCAGGGAGAGGGGACCUGUGGUUUCUUCUUAUAGUUGCUUGUGGCAAACUAAGGGUGCAAUCCUAUGCACUCUUACUUGUCUGGGAUGCAAGUAAGCUCCACUCAACACAAUGGAACAUAGCUUUGAGUAACAUCCAUAGAGUCAGUCUGAGUAGGUUGUGAUCUGGGCUGUAUCUUAUUGGUCUAUAGGCUAUUUUGUAAAAGGUGGUUGAAGCGUAUGCAUCUGUAAUUAUGAUAGACAGUCUUUAGUCUUUCACAUUCUGUUACGUCUAUGGUUCUAUAAUUUAUGAAGUUUGGUUUUAUAAGGUGAUUUUUAAACAAAAGGGGGGCACACAGUUUUCCAUUAAAAAAUAUAUCCUAAAGGCAGAGAAGUUGCUUCUGUGCUAAUCUUUUUACAUCUGAAGUCAACCCCCCCAUUUCUGCUUCUCAACAAGCAGCUAUAAUUAUGUUGCCUUUUUACUUAAAGACAGAAUGUGGGAGUUUUAGAGAAGGGGUUUAGCUGGGCAAAUUUGUCCUCAGGUUUUGUAUCAUUAGGACUUUAUGUCUCUUCUUGUUGUGAUGUACUGACUGCAAACCCUAAUGAGAGAGCUGCUAUAAAUACACUUUUUCUAUGUCCUCCCUCACCCUGCAAUUUGAAGAGAUCUUGCGAGGUUAUGCAUAAACAUUUGUCACAAAAUCAGUUAAGGAGGACACAGUAUUGUAAUGUGUUUAUUGCCUGGAUACACAACCCUAGGCUGACCACGUCCAAAGAGAAUAAGGCUCCUUUGUGUCUAACGCAUGUGUAAUGGAGUGAAUAUUGAUACUGUUCUAGGUUGAGGGUGCCAAAUGCCUGGGUUUAGUAAAUGCUGGAAAGUAGGAUAAAGUAAACAGUGGCAUGAAAAAAAUGGAGGCUUGAGGACACAAUGGUGUUGAAGGAAACAGAAACCAAGGGGAAUGUACAACCGGGCCAAAGCUUUGUGUGUGACCUCAGGAGGCAAUAAAAGCUGUGCAACUAUAGGCAUGGAUAAGUGGGCAGGCAAAAGAGGGAGAAAUAGGACUGAUAGGGUUGUGCAACUAGAAGCUGGAGGGACAAUUACAGCCAGCUGUGGUUUCUACUGUCUCUGAACAACAGCCAUCCCUAAGGUAAAUGCCAAGAUGAAGUGAUGAUGCUGAUGGUGGUGGGCUGGGUUUCACAUAUUGAUUUCAAAGAACUGUCCAAAUUCUGUGUAUGACGCGCCCAUCUAGAAAACAAAAAGAUGUCAGGAUGCCAGCAACACCCUGCCUUCCAACAUUGCACAGAUGCACACAGGGACACUCCUGUGUGCUUGUAUUAUGGGAGGACAAUAUAAAUAAAUACAAGUGAACUAAUAACCUUUUGCAAUGUUAAGAGCAAGUCCUCCAUGGCAACCUUCACAGUGAAGCCCAGGGAAUGAGCUGGUAAUUGAACCAAAGAUGGGAAUCUUUGGCUUCCAGCAAAGCUUGAAACACACACACUUCAGGUUUGAUAUUUGAAGGUGGCAGAUAAAUCAAGCUGGUUGUACUAUUAAGAGCCAGUGUGGUGUAGUGGUUAGAGUAUCGGACAAAGACCUGGGAAAUCAGGAUUUGAAUCCCCACCAAGCCAUGAGCUUAUCCACACCUCAAUUUGCCCUGCCACUUCCCGCAAGGGAAACCCAAUCUUCAGUGCUAAAUCGAAACAGAAAGGCAAUUCUGUAAGUAAAAAAAAAUCUUAUUAUAUAAAUUUGAUCUAUGGUGCAGUUACUAGCGCUACAUAAUACUUAUUCCACAUUUGAGGGGGGCUCUAUCUUUUAGUGUAGCAGCACCCAAACUUUGGAACUCCCUGCCUAUUGACAUUGAGCAAGUGCCUUCACUGUACUCUGCACCUGCUAAAUACAUUUUUGUUUAGGGAAGUCUAUCCAGACUUCCGGGGUGGCGCCUCCGGAAAAUGGCGGAAUUCCCUUCGGACUGAAGGGAACCCGCUGCACGGAGGCUUGGGUCCUGCCGCUACGGCGCAGCGGGGACCCUCAAAAACCACAGGCGGAAGAAGCCUGUGGACGUGGGACUCGGCGGGCACCGAGAGCGCUCUCUCCCUGGUACAGGAGCCCGGUAACGGGCUCCGGAGUGGGAGGUGCGUGGUGCUGUGAGUCGACUGCUUCCUCCGUGCAGCAAAGCCGCACUGCCGUUAUCGGAGAGCGCUGCCUUUUCCUGGACAAUUUGGCAUCUAAAACAUCUAUCCGUGAGUACCUGAUCUUGGAAGAGUUGAACUACUUUUAAGACUGGUGAAUAAACAAAUAAUAUUGGACUUGAAAUUGAACUCAAUUGGGACUCGGAACGCGAAGGUCUAAACAGGAAGUCAGCCUUCCGUUCUUUUGUUACGUGAAGAAAGCAAAGACAAAAUAUACUAAAGCUUGAAAAUUAAAUUCUGAGAGAACUAGAAUUCAACAUCUAAGAUUUCUGAACCCCCCCUUUGACUGCAGGAGAAGAAGGGGGUUGUAUUUGGAUUUUUCAAUCCUGCGGAAGUGAGUUUAAAAUAAAGCAAUUUUCCACCGCCCUGAACCAGGAGCGGGCUGUCAGAAUUGACGUUUUGAAGUUUAUCCAGCUCGACAGUUAGUUAAAAGAAGGGUAACAUUUUGAUUCUACUGUUGCCUCUUGAAUUUGGAAGGGGAAUUUUGGAUAAAGUGUUUCUGGAAAAAGAAAGAUUGUUGCUGUUGCUUUUAUUCCUUUUAAAAAAAAAAUUUCCAUCUAGUGGAAUUUAGUGAAAUUGCAACGCAGAGAGUUUAAAAGAGAAGGACUAUUGGACUAUUGUCGUGGGAAAGAAUUUUCUUUGACCUUGAAGGACAAUGCUAGUACAAAGGCUUGAACAAUUGUUCCUGGAAGGUUUUUCAAAACUAAGUGCCCAGCUGGACCAGAUGCGUCAGGAGACGACCUUGAUGAUGGAAGUUACCAGAGCACAGCAGCAAACAAAUGAAAUUCAGUUAAAGGCUAUACAAGCAUAUGAACCUGCUGUAGUGACGGAGGCUUCAGAGAUGGAGGGACCUUUGGACGGGCGAGAUCAGCCUUUGAACUUGACAAAUGAACUUGGGACAAACCAGAUUCGGAAAGAUGAAAUGUGGUCAGAUUUGGAAAUGGGGGGAUGGAUCGACCCCCCUCUAUAUGGUUAUUUGGACCUUCCGAGUCUAGUGAUAGGCUAUCAGAGGAUUGGAGUAGCCGAAGUCUCCAAGCUUUGUGGAAAUUUGAAGUGGUAUUAUCUGCUGUCUGGCUUGGGCAAUGGGUUUGGGAUGGACUUGCUGCAAAGAGUCAAAAGCAUUUUCUUGCUGGAGUAUCCACGACUGGAAGGGAAUCAUCAACAAGAGUGGCGAAAGGGGCAAGAAAGAGACUUGAGGGCCUCGGAUACGAGACAACCAGGUUAAGGAGCCGGAUUAUUGAGGUUAAAAGGACUGACAAUCCCGGGUCCAGGGGAGGGGAGGUUGGAAGCUGACUGGACUGAAUUUGACUUAUUAUUUUUUCCUUUUUAUUUUUUAAUAUUGGGAAUGUUUAUAAAUGUUUGAAGGAUGUUGAAUGAAAUUACAUGGCUUAAGUAAGGAUUGGUAAAUGAUUCGUAAAAAGGUAAUGAUGUAAGAAUUUGGUAAAUAUCGAAUAUAAGCUAUGAGUUUUAAAGUUUUUAUAUGACAAGAGGGAAAAUAGAAUAAGGAAACGUAAUGACAGAUUGUUAUGAAAAAACAGAAAGGAUUUGCUGUAAAAAUUAAAAAUUAAGAAACAAGAGAGGGGAGGAGGAGGAAGUCUAGAAAGGAAGUAAAUAGAGAUUGUAAAGGACUUUAUAUUUUUGUUUUUCUGUUUUUCCUUUUUUUCUUUGCGGCUGGGUUUUCUUUUCUUUUUUGUUUAUGUACUAUUUUUGUUUUUUGUAUUUUCAAAAUUUUUUGGAAACUUUUGUUGUUAUUCUUUGAAAACUUAAUAAAUAUCAAUUAUAAAAAAAAACAGAUAUGUAGCUUGUUGACAUGUGUUUUAAUCUAGGUUUUAUUGUUUAUUUUAAUUUUUAAAAAUGUCUUAAGUAGUUGUUUUUAACUGGGUUUUUUAAUUACUGAUAACCUCAUUGUAUUAUUUUUCUAAACUGCUUUGUUGUUUUUAACAAUCAAUCAGUAUAUACAUGUUAUGAAAUAAAUUACAAAAUAAAAAUCCGGAAUCUGUAGAAGGGCUUGGCAACUGCAAAUAUAUAAGCCCUGUGUUUUGAUGUUGCUGCAUAUCUGGUACCAGGACAAUAAAAGAAAACAAUAACAAGAAAAAUGUUGACUUUUGCCAAUUUAUAAUAUCUUAGCCUCGGUUCACCAUCUGCAAAAUAAGGAUAAUUGUGAUGUACCACAUAAAAUUGUUGUGAAAAUAAAGCAGGGAAUGAAAUUAUACCUAAAUUAUAAGGAUUGUUCAAAUGAUCAUUCUAAGGGCAUUUUUUUAAAGUGAACCAGUUUAAUUAUUCUUAUGCAUAGGUCUUCCUUUUAACUGUGGGAUGUUGAAGCUAAGAUAGUCGGUCUAGGCACAUGACAGUGAUUCACAGGCUCAAGUUGCCAUAGCAAAAACCCUUGUUGUAUUUACCGAGUCUUUAUUCUUCCUUUCUAUAUUGUUUGGUCCAGCCUCUCUUGAAGUGCACCUGUUACUCUCUCUCCACUUGGCUUCACAGGCUACCAAAGAUGGCUGGAUGACAAUGAUCUCUUUCAGGGCAAAGGAUUUUGUAAACAGUUGAGCCCCUCAGCAAAGGUCAUGAAAUUAAAAUGGAUUUGCUAGAUAUCUGUGAUCUUUUAAAAGCUUUAGUCAAAUGCAGUAAUGUAUAUGUUUCCAUAUAUGAAGGAGUUAUGGUGCAUAAACACAUUUCACGGACAACAUGGUUUGGUUCUGCUUAUUUAUCAUUUUUAAAAUUCAUGCAUGUUGAGAGGGGGGGGAAACAGAGUUGGGGGGGCGGAGUGCUCUAACAACCCCACCUCCAACAUUGAAAUAAUGAAUGUGGGGAUUGUGGGUCCAUGUAGGCUAGCUGCCAAUGUGCCCAGCUCUCCACGCAUUGGGUGUGUGUUAGAAGGGCCCCAUAGCUGUUUACCUUUGGGGUCCCUUCCCACUCUACAAUUCCUGGGCCAAUCAAAGUCCAUCUUGGAGUGAAAUGAGGGACUUCUAAACCUCCAAGGUAGAUGGGAGCCCAUGGGAGCGGGAGGGGCAGUUGGGAACAUAGCUGUCAACGUUUCCCUAUUUUAAAGGGAAAUUCCCUUAUUCCGAAUAGGAUUCCUCGCAAGAAAAGGGAAAAGUUGACAGCUAUUGUUGGGAAAUCCUUUUGCACUAAUGCUAAUCCCUGCACUAGUAUAAAAAUGUAUACCACCUGUAUCCAGAAUUAUGGUUGAAACAACUGAAAAUGCAUCUCUUGUCAGCAGACUCAAAAAGUAAAUCAGUACAUACCCACCCUUUUAUUUAUUACCUAUUCUCUCUCCCUUUCUAUAAUCUGCUAUGAAGCCAGAACUUCCAGUCCUUUAAACCCCACACAACCCAGUUCGCCCACGCACAGAAUCCCGCACAUCCCCUAAAUAAUCACUACCUUCUGUAAGUCUCACCAAGAACAUUCGUCUUUCUCUCUUCUUUUGCAGCUGUUUAUGCUGGCGUUGGAAAUGCAGCCAAGGAGAACAGAGCUAUCUCAACCCAUUCACCUGCCGCUUCCCCCACGACAGUGUUUCACACACAUGGAACGAGUCUUGUGCCUCCAUCUGUGUCCCAGAGUCCAAGCAGAGAGAAAGCCAAAGAGGGUGAAACGGUGACCCUUGGAUGCCGGUUCCGAAGUUCCCAUGGCUCAUCUUUGAAUAACCUAACAGUGAAAUGGUACAAGGAGGAUGAAAAAGGGUCAAGGGACCUAAUGGAGAACAACAUCACUGUAUUGGCAAACUAUACCAGAGCAUUCCUGACAGGGAAUUUAUCUGAAGGCAAUGCAUCUUUGACUAUCUUAAAUGUGACAACCAGCGAUCAUGGCACUUAUUUCUGCCAGGUGACCCUUUCCAAUGGAGAUGUGGUGACAGGAGGUGGCACAAAGCUCAGGAUCCGCAGAGCGCUGGGUAAUCUUAUGUUUUGUUCAUUUCUUUUCUAAAUUAGCCCCAAUAUGCACUAUACGCUAUCCUACCACUUCAAACAAUCAUGACUGUGCUCUAGUCCAGGGGUUAGGAAACGUUUUCAACGUUUCCACCGUCCCUCAGACCUUGUGGGGGGCUGGACUAUAUUUUUUUGGGGGGGAGGAUGAACAAAUUCCUAUGCCCCACAAAUAACCCAGAGAUGCAUUUUAAAUAAAAGCACACAUUCUACUCAUGUAAAAACAUACUAAUUCCCGGACUGUCCACUGGCCGGAUUUAGAAGGCAAUUGGGCCGGAUCCGGCCCCCGGGCCUUAGUUUGCCUACCCAUGCUCUAGUCUCACCAGACUCCUGAGGGAGCUGACAGUUGUUAGGAGACCCCUGUUCCCCCACAGAGCUACUAUUAUCAGGGAGUUUUAUCAACGAAUCACUCUUCACAGGGAGCUCUGAGAAUCGUAGCUUUCUAAGGGGAAUAGGGGGGCCUCCUAACAACUGUCUGUAUUCUUAACAAACUACAGUUCUCAGGAUUCUUUGGGGGGAAGCCAUGGCUGUUUAAAGUGGUAUUAUACUGCCUUAAACAUAUAGUGCAGAUGGAGCCUCAAUAACAGCAGUAAACAAAAUAGAUUGAGUGGCGGGUGACUGAGUUUAAAGGGGGCAGUGCACCCUUCACCCUAAUGGACUAGCCUCCACUGUCAUGAAUUAAUAAAGCAUGAUGCGUCAUGCUGCUCAUCAAAAAAAAUUGACAGAUGCAUGGCCAAGCCAUAGGGCAUAUCUACGCUGUAGUUUUAUAUUGCAUGGCUUCCUAGAAAGAAUCCUGGGAGCUCUGUGGCUCGAUGAGGGUGCUCAGUCCUGUCGAAAGCGUUACAGUGGUACCUUGGGUUAAGUACUUAAUUCGUUCUGGAGGUCCGUUCUUAACCUGAAACUGUUCUUAACCUGAAGCACCACUUUAACUAAUGCGGCCUUCUGCUGCUGCUGUGCCACCAGAGCACGAUUUCUGUUCUCAUCCUGAAGCAAAGUUCUUAACCUGAGGUAAUAUUUUUGGAUUAGCGGAGUCUGUAACCUGAAGCGUAUGUAACGUGAAACGUAUGUAACGUGAAACGUAUGUAACCUGAGGUACCACUGUGUUCUCCAAACACCUAGGGAGAGGAUAUGAUGAUGAAACUAGUUUAAGUCUGUGGUAUAAUGUGCAUAUAAGGCCACAUCGCCACCAUAUAGUAAAAGCACUAUUAUGCCACUUUAAACAGUUAUAACUUCUCCCAAAGAAUUCUGAUAAAUAUCAUUUGUUAAGGGUGCUAAGAGUUCCCCUCACAGAACUACAGCUCCCAGAGUUCCCUGGGAAGAAGGAUUGAUUGUUAACCUGUUGUGACAAUUCUAGCUCUGUGAAGGGAAUAGGGGUCUCCUAACACUCUUGGCACUCUGAACAAACCACAGUUCCCAGGAUUCACUGCAGGGAAGCCAUGAUUGUUAAAGUGGCAUAAUAGUGUUUUAUACAUGCAGAUGCGUUGAUAUGCACAUCGUUGUGUGAUUAAUGUAUGACCAGUGACAUGCUUCUGACUUCUCUAAUUAUUUGAGUACAGUGGUACCUCGGGUUACAUACACUUCAGGUUACAUACGCUUCAGGUUACAGGCUCCGCUAAUCCAGACAUAGUACCUCGUGUUAAGAACUUUGCUUUAGGAUGAGAACAGAAAUUGUGCUCUGGCGGCGCGGUGGCAGCGGGAGGCCCCAUUAACUAAAGUGGUGCUUCAGGUUAAGAACAGUUUCAGGUUAAGAACGGACCUCCAGAACGAAUUAAGUACUUAAGCCGAGGUACCACUGUAUCAACUUACAUGUUUUGUUUGUUUAUGUGCUCUUAAUAUGCCAAAACAGUUUACAACUGUGAAAACCAAUCCCUAAUUAAAAUACACAAUAACAUUAAAACACCUCUAAUUAAAAUAUGCAAUACAGCAAUUUAUAAAAUUAAAACCAUCAAAUCCCAAGUUCAAUUCAGAAGACAGCGGAUGAGCAAGCACACUGGUCAUGUGGUCAUAAUUAUGUCAGUGGAAAGUAGAUCACUGACCCACAUGAGGGUAAUUAGUAAAAGGAUCAGCUGGGCUCCUAAAUACAAAAUCUGGGGCUUAACACACUUUGCAGCAGGAGAGAGCGCCCAGCAGCAGAGUUUAAACUCACAAAAGUCAAGCAGCAGUAUAGCAUGGGAUAUAGGCUAUUAAACUCUUUUCAUAUCUCAUUUAUUUGCAUACAGCGCUCCUCAUUUCUACCCCUCUUGUAAUGAACAGGCCACAUUGUUAAAUAAGUUUUAAAAGACUUUACUAACAAAACUUAAAUGGCAAUUCCAACUGACUCACCUCCACUCCCAGUACAAACCUUGGUAGUACUUGUGUUACCUUGCUAGGAAAACAUGGGAAGGCACAGACCAUAAGGCCAGAGCCAGGCUGGAGAUCUUCUGUAGAGCAGAGUUUGCUGCCAGAGAAAUGUAACAGGCCUAAUAUUUAUAAAUUCUUAACAGGAAUAAUUGUCUUAUGCUUGUUUUGUCAGUUUAAUGUAGAUUGUAAAGUCCCUGGAAUGGGGACAGCUUACAUUCUACAUUAUUUGUAUAGAAACAGGGCUUAGUAUUAGCACAAUAUGAAUGUUAAAUAGUGGUGGAGUUCAUUACUCAUAAUCUACCAACCUACCUCAGUCACACACUCUUCAAACUGUGUUCCAAUUCACACAAUUGGUUCUUGCUGUGUGUGUGUGUGUGUGUGUAAUAUAUAUAUAUAUAUUUGUUAGGCUUUCUCACUCUAUUUUAAAAAGGCCCCUAGGCUGUGAAUGUCCUCAGUUUUCCUAGGGAGAUAUUUUUGUCAUUUUGGACGUAAAAUAGUCUAGUCUGUAAUACAGAACAUUACACCCCAAGAGUGUCUCUCGUUGUUCCUCUCACAGGUUUAGCAAACAUAGAUCCAAAUCUGCCCCCUCAGUUUCUCAGUGCAGCCUCUUCCAGCCAGUGUGCAUUGAGUUUUCCUUACAAUUCUCUAUAUUCAAGACGAUUGAUUUCUGAUGCCUCUGUGCAUUUCCCCUCAGGACUGUUUGGCAUAGAAGAAUCCAUUGGAACAAUCAUUGGUGUGGUGGCAGCUGGCAUUGGCGGCAUGUUAGUUCUAAUAGUAGUUUUAACUCCUCAGCUGAGGAAGUGCCUUCCAUGUGCUAAAGCAACGUCGAACCAAGGUAUGGUGACAGCAAAAUGCUUGUUUGCCAGAAUUAUAGAUGCAAGGCAUAUUUGUUGCCAAAUGCUUUCAGAAAAACAAGCUUUAUACUGAAUAACAACUAAAGAGAUCUAAGAGAGAUCGCCAGUGCUGAUAUAUCCAACGACCCAAGCAAAUCUUUGAACUUCAUUUUCUGAAAGGCUGGCCAGCUGCAAAAAGGGCAGGGGGGCAGCUUUAAGCAUGGUGUAGAAGAGGAAAUUUCAGCAGAUGGAGCUAGUCUCUCAACGGAGAGGCUCUGCAGCACAAUUUCUCCCAUUGCUAUACCUUCAAGAUAGCUGAUGAUAGAUCGCUUCAAGGUUGCUAUACAAGGUAGUUGACCUUCCAGAUUUUGCUGGACUUCAACCAUUGGGAGCCCAAUAACUUGGGCACCAUAUUGGCUACCUCUGGAUGGAAUAACUGCUUAUAGGUGAUAGCUGAAGGAGGAGCCUGAUGGAAUUGGUCUGUCAGCAGAGCCAGUGGUGGAGGCCUCCAGUCCUGUCCCUGCAUUUACUAUAGCCUCGUGGAAUUGCUAUUGGCAGGUAAAGGUAGCAGUGAGGCUGGGGUUUGAGAAGAGCUGAUGGAGGAAACCUGCAGUUGCAUCUCUCUUCUAUUGUUUAUGUAUAGACAUACAGUACUAUGCUUUCUUAUUAAAUAAACACCACAAUUGCUAUCUGUAUAUAUCUGUAUGCUCAGCGAUCUUCAAAGCAUUUGGGGUUGUUUUGCCAAAUUCUCUCUCUCUCUCUCUCUCUCUCUCUCUCUCUCUCUCUCUCUCUGUGUGUGUGUGUGUGUAUACAUACACACACAUACACCACAAAAACAAAAAGCCCACUUAAAGAGGAAAUAGUCUGAAUGUUCUGUAAACAGGCACAGCAAGGUUCUUGAAGCAGAUUGAACAAAUACACAAGGAAGAAGCUGAAUUGCACUGAGAAGAUUAAGACAGCAGUCCUAAAAAUACUUACCUGGAAGGUAGCUACAGUGAAACCAAUAGGUGUUUGUAAUCUGAGUGAAAGCUUUUCAGAUUAUAGUCCUUGAGAUGGUGUUAGAGCUGGUAGCAGCACACAGCCUGCUACAAUGGCUCUGACUUCAAGGACUUACUGCAUGAUUCUCUGUCUAAGAAACCAAGUGUAGCACAAAACAGUUGGAUUGAAAAGCUUGCCACAUGUUUAAAUUCAUCUGGAUGUUAUUGAGUUGCUGCAGCUGUCUCCAUUCUAAUUCUUUCAGGACCAAUAAAACAACCAUAAAAGGUCCCUUCAAGGUGCAGAGCUGAACAAGGCCAAUGUAAACACAAGAAAUGAUUCUACAUUACCAUGAUUAACAUGAAUUUUGUACUGCUCUUGUAUGUUAUAUUUGUGGCAAGGGUUUGGCCAACCUACAGUGGAGCCAAAUAAUCAGAAGUGCUUGCACAGCUCAAGCACAUUACUACAUUAACUUUGUGAUCAUACAGGGCUGCGUACACAUUAUACCUUUAAAGUACAUUUGAAACACAGCUUCCUUGGCAGUGCCCAGAAUUCUUUGAUAGGAAAAAUGUGCUUUGAACGUGCUUCAAAUGUAUAUUGUGAAAAAUGGGUUGUAAAAUACUUAGUUGCAUUAUAUUGUGUCAUAUCCUCUACUUCAUUGUUUAUUUACUUAAUCUUUUUUUCUUCCUCCACAGCAUAACUUGGACAGCAUGGUUAAAGUAAUUGCCAGAUGUGCCACCGACUAUAUAGUUUUCUGAAUGUAAGCAAAAAUGUCAGUUGUUUGAGUGUUUUCUAUAGUCUACCUAAAAAUGAUAUAAUAAAAAGGCUUUACCAUCCUUUUAGAA